UAUUUUCAAUAGAGUAUCACAGUCAAUCGAAACUCGAUCCCAUCUUCUUCUACACACUAAGUCUAGCUUCAUCGUAUAAAAAUGAAAUCUUUCGUUUUUCUCGCUGUUUUCGUGACCAUCAUCGUGGCCGUAAGCUGUGCCCCACAGUUUGGAUUCGGAUCGUCUGGAGCAGGAGCCAAUGCCGCAUCGCAAGGAAUGGGAAUGGGAGGAGGAUUCCCCGGUAUGGGCGGCGGAAUGAGUUCCUCGAACGCGAACGCUGGUGCUCAAGGUGUCGGAAUGGGCGGAGGAUUUCCCGGAAUGGGUGGUGGCAUGGGAGCUUCGUCUGCCAAUGCUGGUGCUGCUUCUCAAGGUGUCGGAAUGGGUGGAUUCCCCGGCAUGGGAGGUGGCAUGAGUGCAUCGAACGCAAACGCUGGAGCACAAGGAAUGGGAAUGGGAGGAUUCGGUGGAUUUGGCGGAUAAACACGGUGCAGAAAUCGUGAAAAUGCAUCUCUAGUCAUUACAUAGAUAACAAAUAUGAAUGCAGAACGAUUUUCAGCAUAUAGAAUAAAAAAAAAAUUAAAAAAAUAUUGA